AUGCGCACAGCUUGCUUGAGAGCAGCUUCCUCAGCGAGCAGGCUCGCCCGCUCCACAUGCACAGCGCAGCUUUCGCGCCCACAGCUCGCCGGCAGCGCACCACGCGCAAUUGCCUACACGAGCCAGAAUUUCCUCCAGAGGCGGGCAUUCCAGCAAAAUGCUUCAAGUUCACAGCAGGCAGCUGCGGCUGCCGAAGCAGCAGAGGACCUAUUCGACACUCCGCCUCAGCAGACCGAGACGGCGAAGCCAACCGAAGCGCUCGACACAUUCCCGCGACGACACAUCGGCCCCUCCGCAGCUUCCACCGAGGCAAUGCUCAAGGCGCUGGACCCUCCAGUGAGGAGCUUAGAUGAGUUUGUCAAGCAGGUCAUUCCCGCCGACAUUCUCAACUCGCGCGAUCUCGAGGUCGGCAAGCUCACAAGCGAGCACCCCGAGGAGUGGCAGCUGAAUGGUGUUCCUGAGUCUGUCUUCCUCAAGCGAGCCAAGAAGAUCAUGGAUCAGAACAAGCCCGGCAAGAGCCUCAUCGGACAAGGGUACUACAACACCAAAGUCCCCGAGGUGAUCAAGAGGAAUGUGCUGGAGAACCCGCAGUGGUACACCAGCUACACCCCAUACCAGCCCGAGAUCAGCCAAGGGCGUCUAGAGAGCUUGCUCAACUUCCAGACCAUGGUCUCCGACUUGACCGGCCUGAGCAUUUCCAACGCCUCACUCUUGGACGAGCCGACUGCUGCUGCUGAAGCCAUGACUUUGAGCAUGGGUAUGAUGCCCACCAGCAGGCAGAAGAGGCCGAACAAGACGUUUUUGGUGUCCGAGCGCUGCCACCCACAAACUAUCGCCGUGCUGUACUCAAGAGCUGAGGGCUUCGGCAUCAAGAUUGAGGUGGCGGAUGUGCUCAAGGACGGCAGCAAGAGGGUUGAGGAGCUGGGCCAGGACUUGGUCGGUGUUCUGGCACAAUACCCCGAUACGGACGGAGGCGUGCACAACUACAGGAAUCUGGCAGACAAGGUGCACAAGACUGGUGCGCUCUUCAGUGUCGCGACAGAUCUGCUGGCCUUGACACUCCUCACACCACCUGGAGAGUUCGGUGCCGAUAUCGCCUUUGGAAAUGCGCAGCGAUUCGGUGUCCCUCUAGGCUUCGGAGGUCCUCACGCAGCCUUCUUUGCAUGCGACGACAAGUACAAGCGCAAGAUUCCUGGACGUUUGAUCGGUCUUUCCAAGGACAGACUGGGUAACUCCGCGGCGCGGUUGGCACUGCAGACACGAGAGCAGCACAUUCGUCGUGAGAAGGCCACUAGCAAUGUCUGCACAGCGCAGGCACUUUUAGCCAACAUGAGCGCGAUGUAUGCUGUCUACCACGGACCAAACGGCUUGACACAAAUCGCCAAGCAGGUCGUUGCGAAAGCUCGACUUGUGCAGGAGGUGCUUGUGCAAAAUGGUUUCAAGACUGGUCAGCGCGGCAAGCUUGACAAUGCGCCAGUACUGUUCGAUACCGUCGUUGUUGAGACUGGCAGCAAGACUGACAGCAUCAUCGAUGAGCUAGCGUCACGGGAGAUUCUCGUGCGAAGAAUCGACGAUAAUCAUGUCGGUAUCUCUGUCGACGAGACUACCACUGGAAGAGUCCUCAACAACUUGCUACAGCCAUUCAGGGCUAUUGGCAAGGGUGAUAAUGUGGCUUUCGACAGAUCCGUCAACAUUGAGCUUCCAGAGGCAUUCAAGAGGACUAGCGAGUUUUUGACACACCCGGUCUUCAACUCACAUCACUCGGAGACGGAACUUUUGCGAUACAUCAACCAUCUAUCGUCCAAGGACCUUUCCCUGGUUCACUCGAUGAUUCCUCUUGGAUCAUGCACAAUGAAGCUGAACUCGACCGCCGAGAUGGCACCUGUCUCAUUCGACGCAGUCUCAAACUUGCACCCAUUCCUGCCUCUGGAGCGCGCGAAGGGCUACAUUGAGAUGAUCAAGCAGCUCGAGGACGAUCUUGCCAAUAUCACUGGCUUCCACUCCGUAUCCCUGCAGCCCAACUCUGGUGCUCAAGGAGAGUUUGCUGGACUUCGUGUCAUUCGCAAGUAUCAGGAACAGCAGCCUGGCAAGAAGCGCGACAUCUGCUUGAUUCCCGUUUCAGCCCACGGUACCAACCCUGCCAGUGCUGCAAUGGCUGGUAUGCGAGUCGUGCCAGUCAAGUGCGACACCGCAACUGGUAAUCUUGAUAUCGCCGACCUCAAGGCCAAGUGCGAGAAGCAUAGCGAAGAGCUCGCGGCCAUUAUGAUCACAUACCCCAGCACGUUUGGUGUGUUUGAGCCCAAGGUCAAGGAAGCUUGCGAUCUUAUCCACCAACAUGGCGGCCAGGUCUACAUGGACGGUGCAAACAUGAACGCACAAAUCGGUCUUUGCUCUCCUGGCGAGAUUGGCGCGGAUGUAUGCCAUCUCAACUUGCACAAGACGUUCUGUAUUCCCCACGGCGGUGGUGGACCGGGUGUUGGACCCAUUGGUGUCAAGGAGCAUCUCACACCAUUCCUGCCAGGUCACUUGCGAGGUGAGACUGGCGGUGCACAAGCCAUCCACCCCGUUUCCGGCGCUCCAUGGGGAUCCGCCAGCAUCCUGCCCAUCUCAUGGGCAUACAUCAAGAUGAUGGGCGCCGUGGGUCUGACUCAAGCCACCAAGAUCACCAUACUCAACGCCAACUAUAUCCUCUCGCGCCUCAAACCACACUUCCCAAUCCUCUACACCAACGAUCAAGGCCGUUGCGCCCACGAAUUCAUCCUCGACGUCCGCGGCUUCAAAGAAACCGCCGGCAUCGAAGCCAUCGACAUCGCCAAGCGCCUCCAAGACUACGGCUUCCACGCGCCCACCAUGUCCUGGCCAGUCGCCAAUACCCUGAUGAUCGAGCCCACCGAGUCCGAGUCCAAGGUCGAGCUCGAUCGCUUCUGCGACGCGCUGAUCAGCAUCAGGAAGGAGAUCAAGCAGGUUGAGGAUGGAACGCAGCCCAAGGACGUGAAUGUCCUCAAGAUGGCGCCGCAUAGUCAGAUGGAUCUUAUCACGGGCGAGUGGGAUAGGCCGUAUAAGCGUGAGACGGCCGCUUAUCCUCUGUCGUAUCUGAAGGAGAAGAAGUUCUGGCCGUCGGUCACGAGGUUGGAUGACGCAUACGGUGACACCAACCUCUUCUGCACAUGUGCGCCCGUGGAGGCUGAGGGCUCUGAUAUCACCGGCAUGGAGGCGCCUACUCCCACAUAG